UCCUCAGAUCCGGGUCACCUGAGUGACGCAGUGAGGUGUGUGUGACGGAGCAGAUCCACACAGACCGGGUCCUGACCCCAGGUCCCUGCCGCCGUCAGCGCCUCCAUGUUGAAGCUGCACGCGGAGGGUCUGAGGCGGGAGUCUGUGUGUUUACCGCCACAGAGAAGCUCCGUCAGUGCAGCUGAACGAAGCUCCAGCUGCAGAGCUCCGAGCCUCAGUCCGUCCCCACAUGUCUCUGCCUCCUGCCCCGCCGCUGUCUCCGCUGCUCCUCGGCCCUUGAGUCGCUUUAUGAGCCGGAAAGUGAAGAAAAGCGGCAGCGAGUUGGAGACAGUGAGAGUGUGUCAGAGAGGUCUGAAGCCUCCUGCAGUGAAACCACAGAGUCCUCGUGUCCACACAGGAGCUGCGAGGGACGGGGACACACUGUCCUCCGCGCGGCCACCGCACCUGUGUCCGCACACCUUUAUUUACAGGCUGUUUAACGGACAAAACGUGGAGGAGAAAACACAAGUGGCGCCACGUUUGAGCGGCCGAGCGCCUUCACUCUCCACGGUUCUCAUGGCCGUUAUAAGUCCCGCCUCCUGCUCCGAGCCCGGACACCUUCAGAGAGACACCGCGCACCGAGACACACACAUGGCGGAAGAAGCUCCAGCAGCCGCCCCGGCUAAAGCCCCGGCCAAAGCCCCGAAGAAGAAGAGCGCUCCCCGGCCCAAGAAGGAGGGACCCAGCCUCCCGAAGCUGAUCGUCAGCGCCGUGGCCGAGUCCAAGGAGCGCAAGGGGAUGUCGCUGGCGGCGCUCAAGAAAGCUCUGGCCGCCAGAGGCGUCGACGUCACCAAGACCAACAAGCGCGUCAACACCGCCGUCACCAAGCUGGUCACCAAAGGCACCCUGGUCCAGACCAAAGGCACCGGGGCUUCCGGCUCCUUCAAGCUCGCAAAGUCCGAGCCCAAAGCCGCCAAACCGGCCAAGGCGGUGCUGAAGAAGAAGCCCGCCGUCAAAGCCAAGAAGCCCGCGGCCAAGAAAGCUCCGGCAAAGAAACCCGCAGCGGCCAAGAAGGCGGCGGUCAAGAAGUCCCCGAAGAAAGCUCCGGCCAAGAAGCCCGCCAAGAAGCUGCCCAAGAAGAGCCCCAAGAAGAGCCCCAAGAAGAGCCCCAAGAAGGCGGCCGUCAAGAAGCCAAAGGCCGCCAAGAAGCCCGCGGCCAAGAAAGCUCCGGCAAAGAAACCCGCAGCCAAGAAGGCCAAGAAGUGA